AUGGCCUCCGAGAAGAAGAAAGUUGCCAUGAUAUUGGGGGCCUCUGGUAUUUUUGGCUGGGCUUUGAUGUGCGAGUGUCUUAGCUAUCCAUCGACAGCCACCUUUAGUCGAGUCAUCAGCUUAAGCAAGAGGCCAAUGAGCAGGAAAAGAGCGCGGUUACAGGACGACCCAAGACUUGAAAUACACACUGGACUCGACCUUACCGAUGCCGACUUGCCGCUUCAGAGACUUGACGCUAUCCCAGACGUCGAUGCGUACACGAGCUAUGAAAGUGAUCCAGAAGACCAAGUCAAAACUAACGCUACGAUCGUCAACAAUGCCCUGACAGCUGUUAAGGAUCUGUGCCCGAACCUCAAGUUUGUUUCUCUACAGACAGGCGGGAAGGGCUAUGGAACAGUAGGAUACGGCUGGCCACCUGCACCGUGGAAGGAGGACCUGGCCCGUUUGCCAGAGCCGUACGCGUCUAAGAUUUUCUACUUACCCCAAUGCGAUGUGGUGGCUAGACACGCUACGGACAGUUUGUGGAAAUGGACUGACGUCAGGCCGUCCUUGCUGUUGAGUAUCUCGACAAUACCUGGGUUCGUCCCCCAAUUUAGUGCCAUGAACGUGGCGCAGAGCUUGGGGCCUUAUCUGUCGUUCUAUCGCUCCAUGUAUAGUUACGGGGCAGCUUGUCCCUUUCCAGGAACCCAAGAGUCCUGGAGGGCACUACACACCGAUUCUUUCCAAGACCUGGUUGCCCGUUUCCACAUUUAUGCCUCCUUGUAUCCGGAUAAGACCCACGAGCGGCCGUUCAAUGUUGGAGACGGCGAUUCUGUCUCGUGGGAGAUGAAGUGGCGAUUGGUCUGCCAAUACUUUGGCCUCGACGGACCAGACUGGGUUUUCGCCAACGGCCUUGAACGGGGAGCCCUUGAGAAUGUUAAUUGGGAUAUACUGGCUGCCACUUUGGCCUCGCCGAUGCGUAUCGACUAUGACCUGAGGGUAUCUCGAGACAUUGGGUUCAGUGAGACAAUGGAGCCUGGGAGGGGGUAUAUCUUAGCGUUUGACUGGCUUAUAGAAGCCAACUUCCUCCCUCGUUAUUAA